UUGGUCAGUGUUGACAGAAGGGCAGCAUGAGACACUUCUCCGCUUGGAUCAUGCAAGCAUGGGGAUAUUUGGAGGAAAAAUCAGUUUGACAGCUCACUCGGAGAAAAGAGACAUGUGGAGGACCCUAACACUCUCACUGAUAGUUGCAGUGGCACUGGGCACAGAGGUCUCCCAGUCUGAGGAUGUGAGCUCCAUGGUGACUAUUGAAAAGGCAGUGCAUGGGCAGCCGGAGAAUUUCAGUGACAUAUCCGCUGUACUAGGAAUGUCUCAACAACGGAUUCUGGCUGCUCAGUUUGAGUGCUACCUGAAGAUAAUCCAUGAUCCACCACAUACAGAAGAAGGUACUUACUGUAACCGUACGUGGGACGGCUGGCUAUGCUGGGGGGACUCACCUCCAGGGACAGUCAUGCAGAUGUGUCCUUCUUACUUUAUGGACUUUGACCCUGCUGAGAAGGUUACCAAAGUGUGUAAUCCUGAUGGCCAGUGGUUCUAUCAUCCAGAGAGCAACCGAAUCUGGACUAAUUACACCCAGUGUGAGGCCUACACCGGAGACAAACUCAAGUUUGCCCUCAGUCUCUACUACCUGGCCAUGGUGGGUCAUGGUCUGUCUAUCGUCUCCCUGAUUAUCUGUCUGAUCAUCUUCUCCUACUUCAAGAGUCUUAGCUGCCAGAGAAUCUCCCUCCACAAGAACAUGUUUCUCUCCUUCAUCUUGAACUCCAUUGUUACUAUGAUGUGGCUCUCACUCAGUGCAGACAAGAACCAGACCCUGAAUGCCAGCAACCCCGUGAGCUGUAAGGUCCUGGCUGUGCUGACUCAGUAUACAUCUACUUCCAAUUACUUCUGGAUGCUGUGUGAAGGAAUCUACCUCCACACGCUCAUCAUAGUGGCCGUGUUUGUUGGGGAACAGCAGCUUUUCUGGUACUACGUCCUAGGAUGGGGUUUUCCCAUCAUUCCUGCCUUUACGUAUGCUGUGGCUCGCGUGCUCUUCUUUAACGACAAUUGUUGGAUCAGCUCAGAGACUCAACUGGUCUACAUCAUCCAUGGGCCCAUUCAAGCAGCAUUGUUAGUGAACUUUUUCUUUCUUCUGAACAUCAUCCGAGUUCUGAUCACCAAGCUGAAGGAGACCCACUGCGCUGAGUCCACUGCCUACAUGAAGGCAGUGAGAGCCACCCUCAUCCUCAUCCCACUGCUGGGAGUCCAGUUCAUCCUUUUCCCCCGUAGGCCAGAGGGACGCAUCAGCCGUGCCAUCUAUGAAUUCUUUAUACAUAUUUUCAGCCACUUCCAGGGUCUCCUGGUGGCAAUUAUAUUCUGUUUCUGCAAUGCUGAGGCCCAGGCAGCACUGCGGAGGAAGUGGGCUCAGCGGAAGUUUGUGUGGGGCAAAACUGGCUGGGCAGAACAACCCAUUACCAACAACCACUUUAGCUACCACACCAACUCCUCCAUCACUGAAACCAGCCGUGCCACCAUCAGCUUGGAGCAGCCUGUUGCUGUGCCUCUUGAACAAAGUAGCCACCCCCUGUCCGGGGUGCAGAAGAAAGACAAUGGGCAGCAAAAGAACAACAAUACUUACAGCAAUGGGGAGGUGGACUUGCUCAACAAGCUGGAGACCACUGACAUCUGACUGGAUACAGCACAGAGGUGACAAAAAGACUGAGGUUGCAGGAAACACAGAGGGAUUGCAGGUAAAGGUCAGCUGAUUUGGCAGUGUAUGUAUGUACAUAAUAUUUGAAGAGCACUCAAGAAGCAUGUGAUAUUCACACAAAUACUCACACAUUUUUUCAUCUCCAGUUUUUGGAAUUGUAAGAACUGAUGAGAAAAUUCAUUUAUGUCAUGAUGCCAUCCUGUAAUCCUUGCAUAAUCAGGUGUUCUGUUGCUGGAAUUAAGUCAGUUUAUAUAAUUCUGUUAUUCUUUGUCUUCCUUGUUUUCAUAAUAUAUUUCCUGUCAGAAUGAAAAAAGGGACAAAUCCCAGACCUGCCGCCUUGAUGUCACAGAUGCAGAGCUGUAUGUUUGUGUAAUCUGUUGCCUUAUGAAGCCUCUGAAUGCUUUACCUGUACACCACUGUGACCAAUGAAUGUCAUAGACAACUGAUGACAUGCUUUCAUCUUAGAAAAAUAAUCUGGACCUUGGAAAGCCAGCAUCUCCAUAUCAUGUGUUUCAUAGAAAUAAAACUACAGCACACUGAGAGAAUCGUUGCCUUAACAGGAUGAAACACAACAAAAGCAACACAACAAUAGUUCACAUUUUGAUUCACAUUUCCUGUUGAUGUGAAAGAAACAGCAUUUACUCUGUCAGAGGAAGUGUGUGGUCGCCAAAGUUUUGAAUAUAUACAACUUAAUUUCCACAGUAUUAUGGACUAAUUUGUCUCGCAAAGGCAAAAUGCAGUAACUACCUGAGUAAAGAUAAGAAUUUGACUUUCUGACAUUUGUUUUACCACACAAGUACAAUACUACAUAGAAUAUACAUCAUUUCUACUAAAACAAAGGAACAACUCUUUAAGAGAUUCUUGAAGAUAGAGGUAGGGAUGCCAAUUUCAGAAGAUGUUCCUUAGUUCCUUAGAAUGCAGUGGCAGAGAAGAAGCAUAGGCCUGUAUGACUGAGUUCAAGUUGAUGGGUGCAGACCCACCCUGUAGGCAAGCAUUAGCGACUUGAAUUUAAUUCAGACCAUCAUGAGUAGCCAGUGAGGAUAAAUGAGCAGCCAAGUGAUAUGUGGCCUUUUAGGUUGAUCAAAAACCAGGUGUGCUGGGUUUCACUGGGCACGAAAGGAGACCCGCUAGACAGGCAUUGUAGUAGUCAAGGAGAGAGUGACCGUGGCCUGUACCAAGAGUUGGGUGGCAUACUGAAUCAGGUAUGGCUUGAUUUUUCUUAUGCUAUGUAGUGCAAAGCUGCACAACCAGGAGACAGAUGCAGCAUAGUCAGGUGGAUAGCUGGCAUCAGUCAUGACACACAGGUUUCUCGCAACCUAGGCUGGGGUAAGAGAUGAUUUAUGUUGAUGGAGAGAGAGAUUAGCCAAGAUGACCAAGAGUUUAGUCUUGUUAGUGGGUCAAGGUUGCAUUCCUUCAUCCAUGUGAAUAUGUGUCAGAGACAAACCAAGAUCCGCACUGAUCUUCUGACAGGAAUGAUGGUUAUAGUUGGGUGUCAUCUGCAUAGCAGUGAUAUGAGAAUCCAUGCUAUCGAAGAAUCUGACCCAGGUGGUGCAAAGAGAAGGGGCCCCAGCACCAAGUCUUGGGGCAACCCAUAUGGGGAGGCGAUGUUUGUCCUUGCCAUGACACACUGAAAGAUGCCCACUGACGCAGGAUUCAAACCAAAAAUGCACUUUGCCCGAGAAGCCCAUAUCAGAGAGUACAGACAGCAGGAUGCAGUGGUGAUGUGUCAAAGGCUGCUGAUAGGUCCAGCAAGAUGAGAACUGAAGACUGCGCUGCUUCUCUGGCUGCCCUCAGGGCUUCUGUUACAAGACAACAAGAUCAUUUCAGUGAAGUGGCUGCUCUAAAUCCAACUGAUUUGGAUCAAGUAGGUCAUUUCGUGAGAGGAAUCCAGAGAACUGUUUGAAAAACCACCCUUCCAAAAGCAUUGGAUAAGAAUGGAAGUGACGAGACUGGCCAAGAGUUCUCAAUAGUGCUGUUGCCCAAGCGCAUUUGAAUACAGUUGGACACAUUCCCUAAGCCACUGAAGCAUUUAUCACACGUAUGAUUGCUGGCACAAUGGUGGGAGAUAUGACUUAGAGGAGGUUGGUAGGAAUGGGGUCUAGUGGACAUGUAGUGGGACGGCUGCAAAUCAGAAGUUUUGAUACUUUGUUCUCACUGAGAGGGGUGAAUAAAGAGAAGCACCGUUGACUGGAGGAGACAUCUGUUUUAGGUUCUGCGGCAAUUAUCUUUUGGUUAAGACAAAUCAUAAAAAGGCAUAAAGGCAUUCAGAUCUUUCUAUCUCUUACACAGUUUACUGAAAACUAUAAAAUCUUUUUUUCUCAACUUCACUGCCUCUGUUGUUAAUUUCAAGCCUGGUCUGAUUCAAACUGAUUUACUUCAUGGAACUAGAUGAUGUGCUGAACAUUAUGGGUUAUGACUCUUCGAAUUCAAACUUGGAACUGAACUGUGAGUGCAGGAGAAUUACUGGUGCAGAGAUAAUGGAGCUCUGAAGUGAAGCAACAAUUUCACUCAUACUGCAUCUCCUCACUCACUCGAUUAAUGUUGCCAUGGGUCAGGGCAUUUUGGCAAAAACACAGCACACAAAGGGCAGAUUCAGAAACUCUAUGGUGUGUGAGCAGUGUGUGCACGUGUACUUUUCACAAACAGUCCCUCCAAAUUUGUUUUAUUAUCACUUUGUAUUAUAACGUUAAUUUUAUUUGUAAUAUGACAGGAGAUUUUAAUCUGAUAUGAUGCUUUAAUACACUGAAAAUGUAGAUCUCCACAUUUAGAAUUCCAUUUUGAAAUGUUUCUGUGAUGAAUACAGCUUUUGCAAACACAACAAGACUGUAAAAAAUUAGUGUAUAAAUAGUUUUUUUUUCUUCUUAACUCCACUUCAGUCAGCAUGGGGAGGAGGCGAUUUCAAAGAUUUGUCUUGUCAUUUAUUAUGAUAGUGUUCCCGUUGCUUUGUGAAAUUCUAUAUUAUUAUUGAUGUAGCGGUUGUUGUAGCUAAAUUUGGCUGUUUUUGUGAGUGGUAUUAUUGUUAAUGCAACACACAAAACACAAUAUGCUUUUUUUUUUCUCUCCAAAUGCACAAAUAUAAUUUACUGCCACUUUCCUGAUUUAAUAGUUUUUCCAUUGCACAUGUACUUUGCUGUAUGUACACUGGCAGGCUACAGUACCAGCACCAUUUCAGUUUCCACAGGAAUACUGAGCAAGUCUUAUGUUUGAAAGUGAGUAACCAGCAGAUGUGUUUUGGUGUCCUUCCAGAAUGCAUCCACACACAACAUACUGGGAAUACAAAUGUUCCAGUGUGGAUACAGCAGGGUACACUGGUGCAUAGGGAAUGAACCACAACUGUGGUAAGAAAACAGCUGAGUAUGAGAUGGCUCUGUUAAAGAGCUCUCAGCUCAUUCUGCCCAGGGGCCUAACCCCGCACACCUCUGCCAAUGAGAGAAAUAGCUGUCAUGGACAUAUUUGCAAAGAAAUUGAGAAACAUUCCACUAAAAUGUUAAAAGAUAUGUUCAGUUUAAGCAUGUUACUGUAUAUGUAUUUUUAACACUGCCAUUUACGUGUGGAAAUAAAGUUGUUUGAACAUAAA